UUAAAUUUUUAUCAAGGUCCUUUAAUUAAUCAUAUAAUCCACGAGAGGCAAGACGCGUUCAAAUGUUGAUAAACAAAUUAAGAAUACAAAUUUUAGUAAAAACUUAAAAUAAUUUCGUGGAUAAUGUAUUUAGUGAUUGGUUUAAUUUUAUUUGUGUUGGCGUUAAUUUUAUGGGCGAAUCGGGAACAUUGGCAACUACGAAUAUAUAAACAUGUAAAAGAUAUUCCUGGUCCACCGUCAAUACCAUUUGUUGGAAAUAUUUUGCCUUAUGUGGGUACUUUAGAUGUUAUAUGGAAACAUGCACGUAAUUUAGCUAUUGAAUAUGAUGGAUUGUAUAAAAUUUGGGCUGGGAAUCGUUGUGCUAUAUUUAUAUCAGAUCCAAAUUAUAAUGAGAUUAUAUUAUCAAGUACCAAAAAUAUUGAGAAAAGUGAACCAUAUAACUUAUUAGAAAGUUGGCUAGGACAGGGUUUAUUAAUCAGUGGCGGUGAAAAAUGGAAAUCUCGACGAAAGAUUUUAACGCCAGCAUUUCAUUUUCAUAUUUUAAAACAAUUUAUAAAUGUUUUUGAGGAACAAAGUGAUCGAACGGUAAAAAUGAUCCGAGAAGAAUGUGAUAAACCAUACACAAAUGUGAUUCCUUUGGCUGCGGAGCAUGCGUUGUGCGCAUUAUGUGAAACUACAAUGGGAAUUAAAAUGGAUAAUUAUGAAAAUUUACAGGAUUUUAACAGAUAUAAAGAAGCUAUUUAUCAAUUUGGUCAUUUAUUUAUGGAUCGUGUGAAAAAUCCACUUUUGUACUCUGAAAAGAUAUAUUCUUUUACUCCAAUGGCACGCGUUACAAAGAAAUUAUAUGGCAUAUUAAAAAAAUUCACUUUGAGAGUAAUCGAUGAACGAUUAGCUAGUUGGGAUGACGAACAAAAGAAAAUUAUGACAAGUGCGUCAGGGAAACAACUUUAUCCAAUGUUGGAUAUACUUAUUACGGAAAUGAAAAACGGUGGUGAUAUUAAUUAUGAUGGAAUACGUGAAGAAGUUGAUACGUUUAUGUUUGAAGGGCAUGAUACGACUUCAAUGGGUUUGAGCUUUUUAUUGAUGCUAUUAGCACAACAUCCUGAAGUACAGGAAAAGAUUUUAGAAGAACAAAACCAAAUAUUUAAUGGAGACAAUCGCAUAGCUACCUAUGAAGAUUUACAGAAUAUGAAAUAUUUAGAAAUGGUUAUCAAAGAAAGUUUACGAUUAUAUCCAGCAGUUCCUGUACUCGGCCGAAAAGUAACUGAGGAUGUACAACUAGGACCAUACACAAUUCCGGCGGAUGUACAAGUUUAUAUCGUUGUUUUCGAUACACAUCAUAAUCCAAAUUAUUGGCCAGAUCCAUAUAAAUUUGAUCCGGAUCGAUUUUUACCUGAUAAUUGUGCAAAGCGACAUCCAUUUGCGUAUAUUCCAUUCAGUGCUGGAUCCAGAAAUUGUAUAGGACAACGGUUUGUAAUGUUAGAAAUGAAAUCGUUCGUAACAAAAAUAUUACGAGAAUAUAUUUUAGAACCUGUGGAUGAUUUAAGUAAAGUGGUUAUGAAAAUUGAUUUAGUUAUACGACCGUUAAACGAUAAUUUACGUGUGAAAUUUCGUAGACGGAAUGAUAAUAAUAAUUCAAAAAUUAUACAAUUUUUAGCACAAGCAUUAUUAAGUGUAAUAUUGGUGUUUAUUAUUACUAUAUUAUUAAUAAUAUGGAAAUAUCCGAUACAUUGGAAAUAUCGUAUAUAUAAACUUGGACAAGAUAUUCCUGGUCCGCCAUCAAUACCAUUCAUUGGGAACUUUAUACCAUUUCUUGGACCUCUAGACCACAUUUGGCGUAUUUUUCGAAAACUCAGUCUCCAUUAUAAUGGAAUCUUUAAAGUAUGGACACUAAAUCGGUUUUCAGUAUUUAUUUCAGAACCAGACUAUGUUGAAGUUUUACUUUCAAGUGCUAAAAAUUUACGGAAAAGUGAAGCAUAUGACUUUUUAGAGCUUUGGUUAGGAUCAGGAUUAUUAAUAAGUGAUGGUGACAAAUGGAAAUCACGACGUAAACUUUUAACACCAGCAUUUCAUUUUAAUAUUUUAAAACAAUUUGUGACCGUUUUUGAGGAACAAAGUGAACGUACCGUUCAAAUAAUCCGUAAAGAAUGUGAUAAACCAUUUACAAAUGUGAUUCCAAUUUCAACAGAACAUGCGUUGGGCGCAUUAUGUGAAACAACAAUGGGAAUAAAAAUGAACUUUGAUGAUAAUAACUCAGAAUUUAUAAAAUAUAAAAAUGCUAUUUAUCAUUUUGGUGAAAUAUUUAUGGAACGUAUUACAAAGCCCAUAUUCUACUCACAAUUUUUGUUUGAACUAUCCUCAAUGGGUAAAAUCACGACCAAAAUAAUUACAACAUUAAGGAAUUUCACAUUGAAUGUGAUUGAUGAACGUUUAAAUAAUUGGGAAACACGAAAUCAGCAAAUGAUUAAAAGUGCAUCGGGUAAAAAAUUAUUACCAAUGAUGGAUAUAUUAAUUACAGAAAUGAAAAAUGGUGCAAAUAUCGAUUAUAAUGGGAUAGUUGAAGAGGUUGAUACAUUUAUGUUUGAGGGACAUGAUACAACUUCAAUGGGGAUAAGCUUUAUGUUAAUGUUAUUAGCAAGUGAGCCAGAAGUACAGGAUAAAAUUUUAGAAGAACAAAAUUCCAUAUUUCAUGGUUCAACAAGAAUGGCAACGUAUGAGGAGCUACAAAACAUGGAAUACUUAGAAAGAGUGAUCAAAGAAAGUUUACGACUCUGUCCUCCUGUGCCAGUAAUUGGAAGGCGAUUGGAAGAAGACUUACAAAUGGGACAAUAUAUUAUACCAAAAGAAUCAUAUCUAUAUGUAUCAAUAUACGAUUUACAUCAUAAUCCAAAAUAUUGGGAUCAACCAGAAAAAUUUGAUCCAGAUCGUUUUUUACCAGACAAUGCAGCACAGCGACAUCCAUUCGCAUACGUUCCGUUUAGUGCCGGUUCUAGAAAUUGUAUUGGACAACGUUUUGUAAUGUUAGAAAUGAAAUCAUUUGUAUCAAAAGUAAUUCGUGAAUAUAUUCUCGAACCUGUGGAUACAUUAGAAACGAUUCCAUUAAAAGUUGAUUUAGUAAUGCGACCCGUAAAUGGUGUAAAAGUGAAAUUUAGACGAAGGAAAUAGACAAUAAUUCUAACGAAAAUGUAAAAUAUAUUUCUAUU